CUUGCCAUUAUUGAAAAUUCAUUAGAACCUGGCAAUGAUCUUGUAAAUGAAUUACGCAACAUUAGAAUAGAUUUUGCUCGGGUUUAUUGGUUUAGACAAUUAUGUAUAGCUAAUGUUGAUAAUGUAUAUAAUCAUUUUGUCAAAGGUAAUAAGAAAUUGAUUAAUAAUAAAGAAAUUGAAAGACGAAUGAUUGACAUCAUACAAUCAGGUCUUGGAAACUUUUCUUAUGACGGUAUAAAUGGUCACUCAAGCUCAUUAUGUUUUGCCAAUUUACAAAAGAUCUUUUCCACGGUAAAUUUGUGGAAUAUCCAAAAGAGUCGUGUCGAAUUUUAUAUGUGCAUGGACAAGAUAAUGUUAUUAUCAGAUGCUUCAAGCAGUGGAUCUCUACGUUCUACAAUUCUUCCCUAUAACAUAAAGGAAUCGGAUGAGGAUUUAAUUAUGGAAGGAACUGAAGAAGAGAUGGAUAACAUGAAAAGAGUAAUUGAAUACUUUUGGGAAAACUUAGUGUUGCACGGAAAUAAAGAUUGCCUUGUAAUAAGCCAUAUAAUACGAGGUAUCCGGGAGGAAGUAGCUUCAGAGCUUAUGGAACGCGGACUUGCAGUUUUAGAAAGAUGCGAUGAGUUGAUAGUAAGCAUUGAGGAAGUGUUUCGAGCUUUAUUACUUUCAAUAGGGGACAAUAAAAAGCUAGAAUUCAGUAAGGCAUUAUUAUCUCAAAUACAGAGAAUAGACGAUGAAAAUAAAAGUGAUACUUACGUGACCUGUGUUAUGGCACGUAUAAAACUAUUUGUUUUGGUGGCAAAUGUAUUAGCUGCCCGCGUUACUGUAGCUGUCACGUCCAAUAAACCCGAUGUGGCAAAACAACAACCAGAUUAUAAUCUUAUAAUGAAAUGGAUGAUUGUAUUAAUCAAAUUACUUUGUGACGAGCGAAUUCAUCAAAAUGGUGGUGGGGCUAACAAUUUUGACUUAGUCCUUGAUAUAGUGUCUUUCUUAUUAGACGAAAUGGGAAAAAACGCUAGGGCAAUUAUUGUUGCAGAAUUGAAAAGGUAUCAAUUCAACGUACCAGCAAUAUGGAGUAAUAGGAUAAAACGUGUACUUCCCUUAAAAAUUCCUCAGGAAACGUUAGGUGAAAGAAAGCAUCAACUUGAUGCUUGGCAGUUAAUUGAGGGGAUUGGAGAAAAUGAUGAUUUAAAUAAUUCGUCAAUUGAUUUAUCUUGGUAUGAUGCUAAAGUUUAUCCAAGGCCUAGUAAACGAUUAAAGAGGAUUGAUGAAUAUGAAGAUUAUAAUAUAGAUUUAAAUAAGAAAUAUGAAGAAGAAACAAUUUUCUUAAAAUAUGGAAGACAUACAAAACCGGAGGAGAAAUAUAAUAAUUUAAUAACUUAUUUAUUAGAUGUUAAAAGUAAAUUAAAAACAUUUGUUAUCUACGUUAUAUUGCAAUCAAGUAAAUAG